GCGAAGGGUAGUGGAGGGGAGCAAAACAGGGAGGUCCCAUGGGACGCCGGGGUUUGGGGCUGAGCAGGUAGCAGCGUGCUGUCCCGACAGCUGUUCCUGCUCCUCAGAUUGUCAGCGGCUGCUAUGUAGCAGGUGCAGCCUGGUCUCUCACUGAGACUUUACUCCACAAAGGCAUCGGCUGGCCAAGGCAGCGGCUGGCUCUGGAUUACUCAAGUGCAGACACUCAACCCAGUGAGCUGGAAGACCCAGGGGAAGACGGGGGCUCAGGUGCCCACAUGAUCAGCACAGCCAGGGUACCUGCGGAUAAGCCAGUACGCAUCGCCUUUAGUCUCAAUGAUGCCUCAGAUGAUACACCUCCUGAAGACUCUGUUCCUUUGGUCUUUCCAGAAUUAGACCAACAGCUACAGCCUCUGCCACCUUGCCAUGACUCCGUGGAAUCCAUGCAGGUGUUCAAACAGCACUGCCAAAUUGCGGAAGAGUACCAUGAGGUCAAGAAAGAAAUUGCCCUGCUUGAAGAAAGGAAGAAGGAGCUCAUUGCCAAGCUGGACCAGGCAGAAAAGGAGAAGGUGGAUGCUGCUCAGCUGGUUCGGGAAUUCGAAGCUCUGACGGAGGAAAACCGCACCUUGAAGCUGGCACAGUCACAGUGUGUGGAACAACUAGAAAAACUGAGAAUACAGUAUCAGAAGAGGCAGGGCUCCUCCUAACCUGAAAUUGUUCCAACUAAGCCUGAGAGGUUGGUGGUUGUUAGACACUGGCCAAAGAUUUUUUAUUUGAAAAGGCUAGUGAGUAAAGCCUGAUGCUUCUCUUCAGUAUCUGUACAGCACGUGUCUAACCUGAGUUUGGUGCUUGUCAGCUUUGAGUUUGAUUAUUUUCACUGAGAUCAUGAGCACAGAAAUAUUGCCAACAUGUGGUUUCAGAGUUCCUUAUUCUCUC